AUGUCGGACAAGCACUUCUUCCCCGAAACCGCAGCAAACACUCUGGUCCCCCGUUACCUCCGCGCAUUGACAGCCUCUAAUCCCCAUCUCGCCCUGAUAGAGUCGGAACGCGUAGUCUAUGACCCGCACCACAACCCUUCCGCCGUCUCAAUCAUCAGUGGCGGCGGCUCAGGUCACGAGCCAGGAUGGUCGGGCUAUGUUGGCAGUGGCGCGCUUUCUGGUGCAGCCUGCGGUGACAUCUUUGCCUCGCCGAGCACCAAACAGGUCCUGGCUGCGAUCGAGGCUACUCCGUCUGAGCAAGGUCAUAUACUGAUGAUCACUAAUUAUACCGGUGACAAGCUUCACUUUGGACUUGCGGCUGAGAGAGCCAAGGCUCUGGGUCUGUCGAAGAAAGUGGCUAUGAUUCAUUUGGCGGAUGAUGUUAGCAUUGGGAGGAGUCGAUGUGGUGCUGUGGGAAGAAGAGGAAUGCCGGGGCACAUUGUUCCCAUGAAGAUCACGGGUGCUGCAGCUGCUAGAAACUAUGAUUUCGAGAGAACCGUGAAACUGGGAAGAAGUGUUAACUCCGAAGUCGUCUCGAUUGGAUCUGCUCUAGAUCACUGUCAUGUUCCAGGUCGUCAGGGUAAUGAGGCAAUCCCUAAAGACGUUGCUAUCGUGGGUGCUGGUAUUCACAAUGAGCCUGGUGCUCAAAGACUCUCGCCAUUCCCUUCAGUCGAAGAGCUUAUUCAGUACUGUCUCAAGCUUCUUUGUGACCCAGAGGAUAAGGAACGGUACUUUGUCACAUUCGAGAAAGGCGACUCGACCGUGCUUGUAAUCAACAACUACGGUGGCAUGUCGAACUUGGAACUUGGGGCUCUCACGGAUGAGACAACGACACAACUUGCAUCAAAAUGGGACAUCAAGCCCGUCAGGACACUCACUGGCAUUUUCGAGACAUCUCUCAAUGCACCCGGAUUUUCCAUAUCACUUUGUAACCUCUCUGCCGCCUCAAGAGGGUCAGGUACUUCAGUAGACGAGCUUUUGGAACUCCUAGAUGCACCUACAACUGCUGUUGGAUGGCCAAACCUGACCGCUCCUAAGCCGCAUCAGAGCGUGGUCAAACAGGACCCUACACAUCAAAACAAAGGGACGAUCAAGUCAAAUGAUGGUGCAGACAUUAUAUUGGAUCCCAAGUUACUGGACACUGUGAUCCGGUCAGCGUGCGAGGCUGCAAUUGCUGCAGAGCCUAACUUGACGAAAUGGGAUAUGAUAAUGGGAGACGGCGACUGCGGUGAAGCCGUGAAAGGAGUCUCUGAGUCUGUAAUAAAAAUUCUCAACAAUAAUGGAGUGGGUAAGGGUUCAGUGCUAGAUUUCCUCAACGCGACAACGGACGCAGUAGACGACAUGGGCGGUACCCUAGGUGCCAUCCUAGGAAUCCUCCUGUCAGCCUUCGCUUCCGCUCUCAAGGAGCAGUCCAUCAACUCAAACUCCUCACUCCAAGUUUCUGAGAAGUUUGCAACAGCCCUUGAACAAGCUGUUACAUCUCUUAAGACCCACACCGGUGCGAGAGAGGGGGAUCGUACAGUGAUGGAUGUUUUGCUUCCCUUUGCUGACGAGUUUGCGCGGUCGAAGGAUUUCCACCGGGCUGUGGGCGUCGCGAAGGAGAAGGCCGAGGCGACGAAGUACCUCAAAGCCAAGUUUGGACGAGCCACAUAUGUUGCGGAGGCACAGGGGCAGGAGUUGCCGGAUCCGGGGGCCUGGGCUCUAUAUGAGUGGUUGGAUGGAAUGUCGAGGGCUACCAAGGCAUUUUGA